GUUCACAUUAAGUUUUCAAAUUUGUACUGUGUUUAAUAUAAAUUUCAAAACUCAAAGUGAAUUAUUUUUUUGGGAUGGAGGGAGUUGUAAAAUUGGAUAAUCAUUUCGAAGGACAAGAAGUAGCACCAAGUCUUGAACCUAAUUCCAAGAGUCCAAACCAAAAGUGUACUAUAACUUGAGAUUAGACAAGGGGAAGGAAGAGAUGGUGCUAUAAACUUUGCUCUUCCUUCCUUUUGCAAGUCUAAUCUAAUCUCAAUCCAACCAAACUUUACAAAAACCCUCUCUCUUUGUGUCCAGUCUCAGCCGUACAACAUCGAAGCCAGUAAGUAGUAGUAGUAGUAGAUGGACAGUGUAAUUGCUCCAAUAAAUUCGUCAAAGAUCUCUUCCUCCAGAGAUCUUCUUACACACACACACACCUCCAAAAUUUUGCUUGCAUCAUCAUUUUCCUCCCCCAAUGAAACCACUGCUCACACACACACACACACACACACACACACACACACACACACUCUCACUCUAUUAAUUACUCCUACAAAGUACACACACUCACAAAACCACCAACCCUUUUUCUUCUCUCACAUCAACUUACUCUUUUUUCUUAGUUGUUAAAUUCAGGUAAAAAAAGCAUGUUGUUUUCUUACUCCUUUCACUCUUAUUUCUCAUCACAGCAAAUAGGAUUCCCCCUUAUCCCAAAUUUAGCCAUUAUGGUACCAACCUUUUCUUAUUUCCCUUUUUCUCAAUGAACAAAAAUGGAGUGAUGACUUGCCAAAUUACUGUCAUGCACAGGAGUUUGAACAGAAAGAAUCAAGAUAUUUUGAUUCUGAUGAUUGAAAUAAAAGAACAGAAUAGGGUUGCAGAUAAAUUACAUGUCAAAAUGAGCUGAACCUGUGAACCAUGAAUGAAAUUAUGAAAUCACAGGCCUCAAAGAGAUUGAGAGAGAGAGAAUUGAGGUUUGAAAAAAUAGGGGAAAUUAUGGAAGGGGCCCCCUCUUUACUACCAAAAGGCUGCUGAAACAAAUGAGUGGAACUGCAGCAUCAGAAACGAGUGUUUGCAGAGCAGUAUAGCCAUUUUUUCUUCUAAAAACCUCUCUCUGAUUAUAUCUCUUCCUCCUCAUCACUUUUAUCCGCAUGUGGUUGUAUUUUUCCUCCAUCUUUUUCAAAUGGGGUCAGUUUCAUUCAUUUCCUUGUAAAACCUCUCUGCAGAAACAGCCCAUAUUUUUUUCCCCUGCUUUUCCAGUUGAGUAAAUAGUAUUGUGGGACUGUGGGAAGAGAGUAUUACUCCUACUAUUUAUUAAACUUUGCUUUUAAUGUUUUCUCUCUACUCUGACUCUGAGAAGGGAUGUAUGGAUGACCCCUUUUUAAUAACCUCCAUGAAUGAUCAAGAACCCUUUUUGUCUUCAACCCUUUUAAAUUCUUGUGGAUUUUGUUUUAUACAUGAGUGAGUUUCUUGGGUUCUGAAUAUCCUGAUUGAUAAUCACCCACUUUUCCUCCUCAUGCAAAGCCAAACACCUUACUUUUUGCUGCAUAUUUUUUGAAAAAAAAAAAAAAAAAAAUUGGUGGGGAUCAUUAAUCAUGCAGUUGCUCCCUUUCCUCCUUGUCCUUAUUCUUGAAGGUUUGAAAGAACAAAACUUUAAAUGAUAUACUAUUUGAUGCUGCUGGCUUCUGGUUUUUUUUUUUUGCAUACUGCGUGGGAUAAAAGAGGUUUCUUUAUUCUUUUGCUGUUCACUUCUUGGUUUUCUCUUGUUUUGGAUUCUCUGCGAGAAAAUCUACUACAUAUAUAGUGCUAAAGUAUACGGCUUCAAAGAUAUCUUUUUUACCCAAUCCUUUUUCUUUUUUUUCCUUGUAGUGCUAAGUACAAACACCGAUUUAAGUCCCUUAAAGGAAAAUCCUAUACGUCUACCUUCCCCAUCUCUAUAUCUGGUAUAUUCUCUCUUGACAUGGCUGCUUUUUAAAGCUUAUAAGUUGAGAAGGUCCAUCAUGCAGACUGGAUUUUCCUAGAUUCUGGCCAUUAGUUUAUCUACUACCAAGGGUAAUAAUAAUAGCUUGAGCUUGGUUACUUUUUCUCUUCUUUUCUCUCGUUGACCUUUCAAGUUUAAACUUGCUAGUCUUUCAAAUGUACCUAACUUUUGGUCGUUUUCAGGAUCUCACAAUGCAUUGAUAGUAAUGUUGAUGGGUUUUUUUUAACGAUGUUCAAGAGUGAUGAAGAUUUGGUGUUUAGUCUAUUUCUGUUUUGCAUCAAUCAAAUUUUAAGUUGGUCCGUCUGGUACAGUAAAACUGCUGUUUUUGCUUGCAUUGAUUCCACUUAAUGACUGUUUGAUUUCCAUCGCAUUCUAUGAGAAAUUUUUAGGACAUUUCCCUUUUUAUUGGACUAGCUAGCUUGACUGGAGAAAUAAUGCAAAAAAAAUCCUCUUCCCAAUUAUUGAGUUUUUGAUCACUGUGCAAUUUGUUCAUUGCAGGGAGGAGGAAAAAAGGCUAAAACUGUUCUGCAUCAUCAGUAGAGAUAUGAACGAACCAAAUGCUUAUGACUGGAUUGUCUCCAGCAACCGAGGAAACCAGAUGGUUUGUGGAUUUUCAGGGCCUUCAAUUGGGCAAGGUAGCAAUUAUAAUGUACAGCCAUCUUACAUCCAUGAUGCUGAUUCUUAUGCACUGAGAAACUUGCAUCAGCCAGAGAGGGAAUCUGUUCCUGUUGGAGCUUUUUCAUAUGAUGCUUCAUAUCCAGCAGCAAGUAACAUCCAUCAUGUUCAUCAGGAUUCAUACAUGGAGUCAAUGCCAAUUUCUGCAACAUCUAUUGCUACCCUUUUGGCUGCAAGGUUUGAUAAUCAUGAGAAUCCAGAACAAUGUGCUUCUUCUGCUGCACCCUUUUUGUACCCUCUUGAAACUUUCAAUCCAUCGUUUCCUCAAAACAACAUUAGAUAUGACGGUAGUUUACUGUCUGAAGCUGAUUGCAACUGGGCUAGUAGCAAUUUUGCUGCUCAUGAAGAACUAGCUGGAAUUGUUGGAAGCAGAAACCAACAACCGGGAUUUUUCGACACUUCCUCUGGCUCCUCCUCUAGGCUGAGCAAUGAGCUUUCACUCAGUCUUGCCACUUCCAAUAAUCAUAUGGUUUUGAGACGAGCUUCUAUCCAGGAUCAGAGCUCGGAAAUUUGCUGUUCCGGCAGCCCUUAUGAAAGAUGUAUUGGUUCAGAACAAACUUCAAGUAGCAGGAAUCUUGGUUUGAGCUUUGGUUCAAACAGGACUAUCCAGCUUUCACAGUUAAUAUCUGGUUCAAAAUACACAAGAGUGAUGCAAGAAAUACUUGCUGAAUUGGCAGCCUUUUCUCUCGGAAAUCUCGACCUCACAAGCACCGAAAUUGGGGGCAGGUCAAAUCUCUCAUUUGCUUCAAGUUGUAAUGCUGAAAAGGGCUAUCCAGAAUCAGAUUCUGAUUACUUUCCUGAUGAUGCAUCCUGGAGAGUUAUGAAUCAAGUUGACUGCCCUGUUAAUCAAAUCCGGGAGGUUGAGAAAAAGAAAAAGCAACUGCUGGAUUUGUUGCAAGUGGUUGAUGAUCGAUACAAUGAAUGCCUAGAUGAGAUACACACUGUUGUAUCAGCAUUUCACACUGUGACGGAGUUGGAUCCUCCGAUCCACGCUCGGUUUUUCCUGCAAACUAUAUCUUUGUUGUAUAAGAACUUGAGGGAGAGGAUCAGCAGUUACAUUCUAUCAAUGGGGGCAUAUUCUAGUGAAGGAGUAAUGAGAAAGGACGAAAAUUCAUUUGAGGCAACUUUCAUUCAGAAGCAAUGGGCUCUUCAGCAGCUGAAAAGGAAAGAUAAUCAGCUAUGGAGACCACAAAGGGGAUUGCCAGAGAAAUCUGUCUCAGUUCUAAGGGCCUGGCUGUUUCAAAACUUCCUCCAUCCGUAUCCAAAGGAUGCAGAGAAGCACUUGCUUGCAGUGAAAAGUGGUUUGACAAGGAGCCAGGUAGAAUUGGAAGUUUGAAUGUCAUUAGUCUUCUUGUGCAUUGCAUCCUUAGUUUCAAGCUCAAGAUCUCGAUAUUACAAUCCUCUCUCCGUGGUCUUCAUCAAAAUGCCUUGUUAAUCCAUUGGUUUGUGAUCUGUGUUCAAAAACAGGUUUCCAAUUGGUUCAUUAAUGCUCGAGUGAGACUUUGGAAGCCGAUGAUCGAGGAAAUGUAUUCUGAAAUGAAUCGUAGAAAGAGCCUGCAGAAUGAUGAAGAAACAAACAGAAACAACCAACAAAGGAAUCGAGUUAGCAUGGAUAAUCACAUAUUCAAUAUGCAGUAGCAAGCUGAAGAAACUUAUAUUGAAACAUAGUACUAGAUGCUAGAACUGUAAACAUGAGAGGUUCAGCUUUUGCUGUCUAUAUUUAAGUACUUGUUUCUGAAUACUUGCCCUGAAAUUCUUCAAAAAAAUCAUUAAAAAGAUUUGAAAAAUUAAAGAAAGAUCAAUCAAAAGAGCUUGGUCCAAGGUUUGGGGAAUUCAUAUAUUGUCAUUCCCAUGGCAGAACCAGCGGUCAAGGGUUUAAUGGAGUUUGCCAUUAUGCAGUUGAUUCAAUGGGCAAAACAGAUGCAAAGAGAGCUAAUACUGCAAAGAAUGAUUUUGAAACACAAAUGUCGCCCCCCCUUUUAUUAACUUUAAUUUUCCCUGUUGUAAUGAAUAAUUAUUCAGAGAUGUACAACAGAUACUAUGAAUACAACUGAAACUGCUGCUACUGCUCCUCAUUAUACAAAUUUGGCACAAAACUGUAGAAAGGGGAAAUCCAAUCUAAGCCUAUUCCACUUUUCAUUUUGCUCUUUCUAUCUUCUCAAAUAUUAUCUACACAGUCCUAAUGAAGUUCCUUUCUGUUCCCUGCUAUACUUCCUUUUGAUAAAUUGGUGCCACGUUCGUUUCAUAAUUACAGGAUUACAGCAAUGCAAGAAUGCUGCUAUUCAAUUCGUCAGAUUUCCACGCAAAUUCUGGUCUUUAUUGGCUUUAGCUUUAAACCCAUACUCUCUGGAGAGAAUAGCUCUGGAGAUAUGCAAGUUGGACUUAAGGGGCUUCUUGGGCUGACACUCAGUUGAGGAGGUCUAUAGAAGCCAUAUCCCAUUAAGAAAUACUCCAUUGGUAUCAACAUUGCAUCAGGUUGUUCCUCUGUGACCAUUGAUCCGCAAGCUUGAACCUGUUCAGACAAUCUCAGUGAGAGAAGAUGAUAAAUGCAUAUUGGACAGCUAUGCGAAUAAUUAAGUCUAAGAAAACAGAUUUUGCAUACCUCAACCAAAGCACUGAAUCUUCUAUCAAGUUUGGAGGUCAUAUGAAGAGCUUCUGAAUGGAAAGGAGAAUGUUCACCGACUAUAAUCAAAGACCGGCAUUUUAGUUUCCUCAAGCCAUCAGAAAUAUCAGGUCUCCUGCAGGAGAAACACGUAAGAUUUGUGUCAAUAGAGUGCGUAUGCAUCAUUAGAUAUGAAGGUGAUAUUCUAAGUGCAGGUAAGGAGAAUUGCUUACUCGUUGAUAGCUUCAAGAAACCGUAAAACAUUGUAACUUUGUCUCUCACCCAGAAACUGCAUAUAAAGCGAGCACCUCAUGGAAGUCAGGCAAAUGCCAGAUGUCCAACAUAACAAUAAUCACUUGGGAACAUUUCUACACUACAACAGCAUCACCCGAUAUGAGACAGAAGAAAAGGUUUUUGAACAACUUACUCUUCGACAUGCUUGUACUAUGUCUGAUUCUGGUACUUCAGCACUACCUCUAACUCCCUGCCAAUAAAAAAUUGCAGUUAGAAACUACAAUAUGAUGAGGAGCUGAAUAAAUAUGAAAAAAGUACAUUGACAAAAUUAAUCCUUACCUUGCUAAAGAACCUUGCAAGCAAUAGUUCCUUCACCAAGGUACACAUUCCACAAAAGUAGAGUAAAUUUGACAUUACCUGCAAGUAAUCAUAAGAACGAGGCGAGCAAUGUCUUCCGUCAUUUAAUGCGUCCAGAAUGCACAAUGGCAUAAGGAGAGGAGGGAUCUUAAAGAGUCUUGUCAAUAUACCUUAUUACACAACCAUUCUGUCCAUGAUGGUGCUUUGCAUAGAGGGGAAAUGAGUAUCAAACCCAUAACUCUUUUGGUAUAUUUCAUCUGCAGUAAAGUUGAAUAAUUUAGUUUGCAAUUACUGUGAUGGAAAGCAUGUAGUGGAUGCUCUUGUUAGAAAGCCGUUUAGUUUGGCUCAACUUACAGCAAAAAGGGUGAGAACAUAAGCUCCUGCAGUAACACCCAUGCACAUAACACUUCCUAGUC